GAAAGGAAGAGGAAGAGUAAGAAGGACGAAGCAUAGAACAAUGGCUGGCCCAGCCGGUGCCAUCUCCACAACGCUGCCGAAGGCGAUUCCUUCGCGCCUCCUGCAGGCUCGUUUUAGCGGGCUUCUAUGCAACCCCGCACGCGGGAGCGUCAACAUGGCUGGCGUUACGUCGCCGGCGUAUCGCUUCUACCUUGCCACGUCAAAUUUCCUCAUCCACGAUGAGACGGCGCAGCUGCCGCCGUUCCCGCCAAUGGUGGAAGGGACGUCGGGGAACGUGAGCGUUGUCGAUGUGGUCGGACCGCAGGCCUUUGUGAAAGAACUCUUUUUGUUCUUCCCUGAAGGGCUGAUUGUGGAUCUGUGCGGUCAGUUCCACACCGAGCCCCACCCACGCGACGCGCCGCGGCUUUUCUGUCCCUCCAUCACGCUCUCGCUACAGCGGCUGCAGAACACGGAGGACAUGCUGCGCAUCCUGCACGCCCCAAACGGCAACACGAAGGAGCUGCAGGCACGUCUGCGGCGCCUCAUCUUCAGCCAUGACCCCCUUUCUUGUAGAACAGCAUAA